AUGGCAUUUUACACCUCUGCACCAGCCUUUGCCAUUGCGAAGCGGCUGUACCCUGUACCGUACCCACGCCAGGCAAGGACCAAGGAUCUCAAGGUCAUCUGUGUUGGCCUCCCUCGCAACGCAACAGAGUCUCUCGGCCAAGCGCUGCUCCCCUUGGGCUACAACGACGUCUCGCAUGGCUGCAAGUUCUGGUUGAAUGGUAUUGGUUCAAGCGUCCAGUACUAUGAGCUUGCUCUUCUACGCUCGCAGAAUCGACUGCCGGAUGAACAGACCAUGCGCACCAAGUACUUCGAUUGUGUGCUUGGAGAGUGCGAGGCGACGACUAACAUCCCAAGCGUCUGGGGAGUGGCUCUUACGAACUGGCUGCAUGGGAAGUUCUUGUUCGAUGGUGACUUUGAAGCAAACGCGGAGAGAGCUUACGCCGCCCAUCACAAACGUUUGAAGGAGGUUCUCGAAGACUGGGAUCGUCCCCAUCUGAAUCGGUCGGUGGAGGAAGGCUGGGCCCCGCUCUGCGCCUUUCUGAGCCAGAACAUCCCGCCUACGCCGUUUCCAAGUAGAAACGUGGCGGCAGAUUUUAUAGGCACUCUGAUGAAGGUCGAUGAAGAGCGUUUCAGGAAGGGCAAGAGUAAUGCGAUGCUGGUCGCCAUUGCUUUCCUGAGUCCGAUUGCAGGGCUGGCAUUUAGCUGGCUACACAGGUGA